AUGAAACUGAUCGCAGCAAUAUUUCUUAUCAUAUUUCUAUUGUUCGGCAAUAAUUCUGAACACGUUUGUCAACUUCCUAAAUUGGAGGAACCGAGUUUUGGUGUUUACUCUGGUUCCAUAAAUAAACGCUAUUUGGGUCCGCAACGUUUGAAAAUUACAACAUAUUAUGAUAAAACAGUAAUUAAUAGUUAUGCUGCUGAAAAAAUCGUGACAGCAAUUGAAAGUAGUUCCAGAUAUUGGGAGAAAGCGUUGAUUGUUAAAACAAGUGCCAAGCAGAAUUUGUUUGUUGAAAGAGAAUGUGAAGAGGAAAAACCGAAAGUAUCGAAUUCUUAUGAACGGAUACCGCACUGUUCUCAGGUACAUUGUAAACAUGACGUAUUAUGUAGUGGUCUACCUGUUCCUGAUAAGUAUAUAAAGGGAUUCGCUAACAGUUUAUUCAGUCUUUUUGAAGAUAUCAGUCAGAAUAUUGAUGUCACUAAAGACUACCAAUCUAGAGAAGUUAAAGCGCUUACUUUGCCUCACAUGAUUUCCACUAUCAAAUUAUUUUUUAGAGGACUGGAUAUCGCACCAUUCUGUGAGAAAAAAAGUGAAAAAAUAUGUUCACGUUCUGCGAAUGAAUAUCAAGCUUGUAUCCAUGAUAAAUCGUUUCGGUUUGCAGACACAACAAAAUAUCCUGGUUCCGAUGAUGAUUGCUUCGUUCUUAGUUUUAUGAUUGCUAUAAAUGAGAAUUUUAAUUGUCGUCGAUGUAAAAUGUUCAUAAAUAACAAAUGUGUCUAUUAUGUAGCCGAGAAUUCCAAGACAAACCCAUAUUAUGAAGAAUUUGGUUAUGAUUCAGCCUGCUUUCAUCACGUUUCAACCAGCGUUUUUACGAUGAAUGAACCUGAAGGGACUCAUUAUGAACCAAAGGCAGCUUGUCAUAAAAUUCGAUGCUCUCUCGAGAACGGUCUUGAAGUUAAAUUAUUCGAAGAUUAUUUUCCUUGUCCUGUUAACGGUGGAAAUAAGAUUAUUCAGCUUCAUUAUGAUGGAAAUAAUUUUCUCAACACCACAAUAGACUGUCCGCCUUGUCCAUCACUGUGUAAGAAGUUCGGUGUUUACUCAGGUGUCAUUAAUAAACGCUAUGUUGGUCGGCAGAAUUUAAAAAUUACAGUGUAUUAUGACAGAGCAUUAGUCAAUAGUAUAGCUUUUUCAAAAGUCAUGGGAUGUUAUCAUCGUAAAUAUGCUGAAACCUGGCAGGAGUAUUAUGAUGGAGAAGGAGUAGCGCCAAAUGAGUUGAUACUUCUUGUGAAGCAUAACGUUUCUGACGAGUGUCACCAAGGAGCAUUUGCAUGGGCCACCUAUUGCAGUCUGGACCCAGCAUCACAGAGGCCAUUCAUUGGUGCUGUAAAUUUUUGUGCAUCGGAGAAGGAACUUAUCCAAACUGAGAACGAAGAAAUGGAAACUACUGCUAAACAUGAAAUAGCUCAUGUAUUGGUAGGUUGA